AUGUGACGCUCUGUCAAAAUGGCGUCGUCUGUCAAGGCCGGGCCGCCGCUGCGCCGCUUCCUGUCGAGCCCCGCGGCGGGCCGCCUCCCCGAAGCGCUGCGGGCGGAGCUGGCGGCGGCCCUGGCCGAGGGCGGCCUGCCCUUCGCGCUGCUCCGGAAGCUCCAGCGGGCCCUGCGGGAGGCCGGUUCCCCGGUAUAUCUUCACGAACUGUUGGAAGGCAGUGAAAUCUUUCUCCCUGAUGUGACGAAACCACCCAGGAACCCAGAAUUGGUAGCCAGGCUGGAGAAGAUCAAAGCCAAGUUGGCAAAUGAGGAAUACAAGCAGAUGACAAGGAACAUCAACAGCCAGGAGCUGAACCACCCGGGCACCCUGGCUGAUUUCGGCAGGCAAGCCAGGUCAGCCAAAGCGGUGACCGUCACCGUCAUCAACUUCCUGGUCACUGUGGGGGCCACCUUUGCCUGCGCCUUCCUGGGCAGCCAUUACAUCUUCAACGAAACAGCGGCGAGGGUGAUUGCGGCCGUUAUCGCAGCCUCCGUGGUGGGCCUGGCGGAGCUGUACGUGAUGGUGCGGACCAUGGAGGGGGAGCUGGGGCAGCUGUAG